AUGAAAGGGUUCAAACAUCUUGAUGUGAGGAUUUUUAGAACUUUUUUGGACAGCUAAAACAUCUAUAAAUGUUUAGUUAAGUAUAAAUAAAUAAAUAAUAAAAACUUUUGUGGUGUGGUUUUAUGAAGGCAUUGAAACAUCUGUCAGCGAAAUAGGUGAUUCGUUAAAAUAACAGCAGCAUGACGCAGCAACGUCCUGCAUGAAAACACGUUGGAACAGUUUCAACAGUCUUCAGAGCAAAGAUCCAGACUACAAACAUGGCCGAACACGGGCCCCUCCCUGAUUCCAUCAACCCCAAUUAUUUCCCCGCGAAACUCUGGAGUCUGGUGAACGACCCAGCUAAUGAAGCCAUCCGAUGGGACAGCAGCGGGCGGCUGGUCAUCAUCAACCAGCCGCUCCUGGAGAGUCAGGUCCUGGCCCCCGGAGCCGCCGGAGCCGCCGGCGCCUACGCCUUCAAGACCAGCAACUUCUCCAGCUUCGUCCGCCAGCUCAACCUGUACGGCUUCAAGAAGGUGGAUGCCAUGAACCAGGACAGGCUGGAGAGCGUCUCCUGCCAUUAUUUUUGCAACGAAAACUUUCAGCGAAACCGACCCGAACUGGUUGCGAGUCUGCGGAGAUUCACUGUGGGGAAUAAAGCCAAGCUGCAGGCCAGGCUGGACCUGAAGACCCGGCCUCCGAGUCGCUCUGAAGUGCAGGGAGGGGGUCAGCUCGUGAGCAAAGAAAGUCUCUCUCUGCUCAGAUCCGCCCAGCAGCUCCUGACCUUCUCACACCUGUCCAAUCCAACCCCACCCAGACCAAACAGCGGAACACCGAUGCCACCAAAGACCAUGAAGAGGGUUCACUAUGGAGCUUUCUCCUCACCUGGUGAUGCUGCAGGGCCCUUUAAAACCCCCUAUGCAGGUGUGCCUUCACCUGGCGAACACCUGCACCAUCAUCAGGGUUUUCUGACUCCUGCAAACCAUACUGGGAGUAGGUUUUACCAACCUGGUUACUAUCGGCCAGUUUGCCACAGCUGCCAUCCAAACCUCACCACAUCCCAAAUACUGGGUCUUCAGACUGGGUUUAACCCCCCAAAGAAUAAUUACCAGGCUGGGUUUCCUGUAAAUAAAUCAAACUCCAAAGGUUUACAAGAAAAGGAGAACCAAGACAUGAAGAUCUAUGACGCUAACUUGGACAAAGUUUUCCAAAUCGCAGACGAGGUGAUGCAGUCUUUCUCCAGCCCUCGUCUGGUUCCAGUGAAGACCUCCGUUGUUGUGGCAGCCCCUUCCUCCACCAGCUGUGGAGCAGUGCAGCACAAAAACACCCAAACAGCUGUUUUCGCAGUAAAUGCGUCCAGCAGCUCUGUUGUGUUCAAACAGGAGGAAGCCUCUGCGCCUUCCGGUCUUCAGCAAGCGCCCAGGAAUGAGGGCUUUUUUCAGGCUCCUGCUGAUCCUUCACCAGAAGAAGAAACCAUAAACGUUGAGGUCUGCGACUCUUGAAGUAACUGCUUUUUAAAAAAAAAUUGGGGACAUUUUCCUGUUUGAUUACAGCUCACUGAUUAGUUUUGACUCAAUUUGAUUAGAUUUUUCUGUGGACUUUUUUGUGAUGCUUCUUCAUAUCGGUCUUUGUUUCUACACACUCAUUAUUCAUUUAUUUAUUUUGCAAAGUUGCUAUACAGCAUUCCAUGGUUGUAUAAAUUCAUCUGAAUAGCACGUUAACAUUUUCAAAACAGUAUUUCCUUAUUUUUAUCUUCUUGCAGUUAAAAAAAACUAAUUUUAAUUGCAACAAAAAGUGCUGUUGUAUUCAAAGUUGAACCAGCCAGAUGUUAAAGUCAGUGAACAUAUUUUUCCUCUAUGAAAUGUUUUCUUUGAGUUUGUGCCCAUUUCACCUCCUAUUUAAAAUAUGUUGAAAUUACUUGAAAAUUAAAAAAUAUUUAAAUGUG